AUGUCCAAGGCACUCCAACUCACAUCGGCAGGAUGGCUCCUCCUCUCGCUCGGCCACACGACCUCGGCCAAAGACUGGCAGUCCAAUGCUAAAUUCCAGACCCUCCCCCGUCUAGCAUGGGCCUGCGCAAAGGUAGGCUGGUACCAGGGAAGUGGCAUGUUCAUCAUGAACGCCCUGAUCAACUACGCUUGGUCUAAGAACCCGGCACUGUUGCGGGACCCUGUGCACAAGGCGAUUGCGGGUGUCAUGAUUGCCAUUAUGUGGGCUAGCGGGUGGUGGUAUGCAAAGAAUGGCGUUGCUGCCAAUGCUGUUGCUGUGGGAGCUAUUGGUGCUUUGCAGGGCUAUUCUGCCUUUACUAUCUAG